AUGCACACCACGCAAAAGGACACGACCUAUACGAAGAUUUUUGUCGGGGGUCUUCCCUACCACACCACGGAUUCAAGUCUCAGGAAAUAUUUUGAGGUGUUUGGUGAGAUUGAAGAAGCGGUGGUCAUUACCGACAGACAGACCGGCAAGUCGAGGGGUUAUGGAUUCGUUACGAUGGCAGACCGCUCGGCUGCAGACCGCGCCUGUAAAGACCCCAACCCAAUCAUCGAUGGCAGGAAGGCCAACGUCAACCUGGCCUACCUGGGAGCCAAGCCUCGGGUGAUGCAGCCAGGUUUUACUUUUGGUGUUCCCCAAAUUCACCCUGCGUUCAUCCAAAGGCCUUAUGGCAUCCCGGCCCACUAUGUGUACCCUCAGGCCUUCGUGCAGCCUAGCGUGGUCAUCCCUCAUGUGCAGCCCACAGCUGCUGCACCUGCCACUGCUUCUUCCCCCUACAUCGACUACACCGGAGCAGCCUACGCGCAGUAUUCUGCAGCUGCAGCCAGUGCCGCCGCCGCUGCCGCCUAUGAGCAGUAUCCUUAUGCCGCCUCCCCUGCCGCCACAGGCUACGUGGCCACUGCCGGCUAUGGCUAUGCAGUCCAGCAGCCUUUAGCCACCGCCGCCCCGGGCUCAGCCGCCGCCGCUGCCGCAGCUUUUGGCCAGUACCAGCCCCAGCAGCUGCAAGCGGACCGCAUGCAAUAG